GAAGAUGCGAGGCUUGGAAAACAAGCACGAGUCCGGGCCCACGGCGCGCGUGCGCAUCUGCCGAGUUGGGCUCGCAGGCAGACACAGCUGACUUUCACCCGAGCUGGCCGCUGUCCUUGCAGUAACGAGAGGCAAACAGGGAGCUUGCAAUGAUCUCGCUGGACUUCAAUUUCAACAUUUUGACUCGGGACCUGUCGCAUUAUCUGGAAAAUCAAGUGAAAGUUGGGCUGUUCGGGUCGGGAGUGGGACUGUCUCUGGUGCUGGGCUUUAGCGCAGCGUACACCUGCUACUAUCUGCUCUCAGUAGCGAAGAAGCCACAGCUCAUCUCAGGGGGCAAGAAGUUCUACCACUUUCUGAGGGAGCAAUGUCCCGUAGUGUCAGAGACCUACUACCCCACCUUUUGGUGCUGGGAGAGCCGCAUCCAGACUCUGCUGAGACCCUUUGUCACAGCCAAACCUGGAGUCGUCUACAGAAAUGAGCUUAUUAAGGCAGCAGAUGGAGGACAGAUCUCUUUGGAUUGGUUUGACAACGACGAGAGCCUCUCUCAUCCCGACCCGGCCACUAGGCCCACAGUCCUCCUCCUCCCCGGUCUGACCGGCACCAGCCGAGAGUCCUACAUCCUGCACAUGGUCCAACAGAGCCGGGAUCUGGGCUAUAGAUGCGUGGUUUUCAACAACAGAGGAGUUUCCGGUGAAACGCUGCUGACCCCGAGGACCUACUGUGCAGCCAACACAGAGGAUCUGGAGACUGUUAUUGAGCACAUCCAAAGGACGAAUGAAGCUGCUCCAAUCAUGGCUGCUGGAGUAUCAAUGGGCGGGAUGAUGCUUGCCAACUACUUGGGUCGCAAGGGCCGGGAGACCUGUCUGAGGGGGGUCGUCGUCUUCUCAGCAGGCUGGGAUGUGUUUGAGUGCACCGCUUCACUGGAAAAACCCCUGGACCGCUUCCUCUUCAACUCCUACCUCACCAGCUGCCUACAAGCCUCUGUGCACAGACACAGACCAGUGCUUGAAAAGUGUUACGACAUCGAUCAUGUCAUGAAGGCAAAGACCAUUCGUGAGUUUGACGAGAGGUUCACCUCCAUAAUGUUUGGUUAUCCUACCAAUGAUGACUACUACCAUGAUGCCAGUCCUGUCCACAGGCUGAAAUCUGUGCAGGUGCCAAUGCUGUGUCUGAACGCCGCUGAUGAUGUCUUUUCCCCAUCUCACGCCAUUCCAGUGGAGGCAGUGAAGCAGAACCCCAACCUGGCCCUGCUCAUUACCUGCCACGGCGGCCAUAUUGGUUUCCUCGAGGGCCUAUGGCCUCGACAGAGCACUUACAUGGACCGAGUCUUCAAGCAGUUUGCUAAGGCGGUCAUCGAAAAAGGCAGCGGACUCCAAGACCUCUCGUGAUAAGAGAACUUAACAAAGUGUUCCUCUACUUUUACUUCCUCUCUCUCGUAUGCCUUUCUUCUUUCUUUCCUUCCUUCCUUUAAUGUUUUCUUUCAUUUUUGCCAUCCAUCUUUAUUUACUGCAUUCCAUGUUUUUUUCCUUUCAUUUUUAUUCAAUACAUCCUUGUUUUUCUUUCUUCACCCCUUUCCUUGACCUUUUACCCUCUGUCACCCUUGCCCUUCAUUCCUCCUUUCUGCAUUCCAUCCAUCCUCUAUUCCUUCCCUCUCUACCUGAUCCCGUUCUACCUAUUUCCUUCCUUCCAUUGACUUUAUUUUAUCUUUGCCCUUCGUCCUUCCGUCCCAUUCUUCCUCCCGCCGCAAGCAAAAAACAAAAAAUGUUCUUUCUCAUUUGAAGGGCACAUCUUAAUGAAUGCAGCGUUUGUGUUGUGUUCAACGUUCAUUUAUUUAUUCCAUGCAGUUAACAGGUCAUUGUAUGUAAUCAUGCUCUCAGUGGUAUGCUUAUUGGAGAAAAAAAAACAAAAACAAGCAUAGCUGUUCAUGUCGCUGUUGAAAAGCUGAAUCUGUGCCCAUCUUGUUUAGUUGCAUUAGCUAGCUAAAGAAUUCUGCAAUUACCUUGUGCAAUAAUGUUCUUUUGAAGUUAACACAAGUACUGUACAUGAAACUCCAAUCAUCUCUGUUCAUGAACCUGUAGUACUUAUAGCAGUAGGAUUUUAGCCCUCAGGGAUUUUCUUUAUUUACUCAUAACUUCCUGUGUAAAUUUGCUUUGUCAAUCAGUCUCAUUUAGUUUGUGUUUUCCUUGUUUAAAGGUAGAUGUUAUUGACAUACAGUUGUUUUUUUUCUUUAAAGUAAUAGUUUUAUAUUUUGGGAAAAAUGCACAUCUGCUUUCUUGCGGAGAGUUAGAUACGAAGGUUGAUACCACUUUCAUGGCAGCUUAGCUUAGCAUAAAGACUAGAACCAGGGGACACAGCUAGCUUGACUCUGUCUAAAGGCAAUCAGGGAACCCAUGCGCUCAUCAUGAUUUAGCCUCUGGGGGCAACAGCCAAUAUUUCCGGGGUGUAGCCAGCGGAUAUCUGGAAAAUAUAUCUGCUAAUAUAGUUGGAUCAGUACCAAGACUUUGUCCUCCGUGCGCCGGCCAUUGUUUACUGUCCAAUUACCAAUGGAGAAUGGAGUUAGAGUUGAGCAAUGAUAAUUUAUUUUAUUUAUUUAUUAUUUUAAUAUUAAGGACAUGAAAACAACAAUUUUUAAAAGAACUGAUAAAAACACUUGAGUGUAUAAAAACAGAGGAAAUAAAAGAUAGUUUAAAUGAAAAUAAAAUUCGAGUAAAAUCAGAAAAGGCCCUCCGAUAAAAGUAUGUUUUAAGAAGGGACUUGAAACAGAUCACUGACUCAGACAGACUGUUCAAGAGCCUCGGGGCCCUGACAGCAAACGCCUCAAAGUACGUCCUGGCGUGUACGGCACUAAGAGGUCGGAGAUAUAUCUGGGAGAGAGACCAGGAAGAGCCUUAAAAGUAAUCAAUAAAAUUUUAAAAUCUAUUCUAAAACAUACCAGUCAGUCAGUGUGAAGAGGCUAACUCUUCAGUGCAGAGUUUGCAUGUUCUCCCCGAGUCAGCGUGGGUUUUCUUCGGGUUCUCUGGUGCCCUCUCACAGUCCAAAGACAUGCAGGUUAAAGUCAGUUGGUGACUGUAAGCGUGAGUGGUUGUUGUCUCUAUGUGUCAGCCCUGUGAUAACCUGGUGACCCGUCCAGGGUGAACCCUGCCUCUCACCCAGUGUCAGCUGGGAUAGGCUGCAGUCCACCCGCGACCCUUAACAGGAUAAGCGGUUAUGGAAAAAUGAAUGAAUGAGAAAAUCCACCUACAAACUCUGGCAAAUAAUUUUUUUUUUAACCUCAGCACGGAGCUGUUUCCCUCUGCCUCCAGUCUUUAUGCUAAGAUAGAGUCUCAUAUUUAUUGUACAGACGUGAGAGCGGUGUCAAUCUUCUCAUCCAGCUCUCUGCAAGAACGCAAAUGAGCAUAUUCCCCAAAAUGUCAAUCUUCUCCUUCCAUUAACCUUCUGCAUGCACUUUUAUGUUCACACAUUCUACCUUUACGCACACCAAAUAGUUCUACAAAUGUAUUAUACGGAGAAUAAUUCAUUAAUGACAAGGAAUGUGAAAUUGCACUAUUUUAGUUGAUACUACCAUGCCUCUAAUUCCUUAAUGCCAUGCACUUCGUUUCAUUCGAUAUAUGAAAGUAUAUCCCAAAGGCCAGACAGAGCAGUAUAUGAAUUCCAUGAGGUUUUCUUUGUGAAAAUGUCGGUGGUUAGUUCUGUAAGUAAGUCCGAGGGUGCUAGAUACAGUAAUGUGAAUGAAGUAAUGCACACAGGAAGACGGAGUGUGUACAUAUGUGGCUGUUUGAAGUGCUGGAUGUUGCUUUAUGCAAAGUAUUGGUAAGAAACCUGGUUGUCAGUCGCUUCUGGUUCCGUUUCGCCAACAAUGAUCAAGGGGCUGGCUACCGUGUAUGAGUUGGCAUCGAUGAAACGAUCAGAUCCGGCGUGGCAGCCAGGCUUUCAGUAAUGCACCGCACGAGGGAUUUUUGACUUCCUGUUCCUGUGGAAUUUUGGUGUCUGUUUGUUCUGCCAAGUUGUCCAUUGAGUAGCAUGUGUCUCAUCAGCGUCAUCAUGUCCUGCACCUUAACACCACUUCUGUAGCACAAAGGACAUGUUUGGUUGUUUUUCAUAUAGAUGCUGCAUUUCAUUUUGUACACUACAUUAAAAGAAGAAGAAAAAAUGUGUGCAGCAAUAAGAUUUUAAAUUAAAAAAUGGUCUCUGUAGUAUAAUUACCAGUAUAUGCACAUUAUCACCAUGAGUGUAAUAUGCUGUAUUUAAUAAAUGAUUAAACAGUCUUGGUC